UUUCUGCUUUCCACUCCAACCAGCUUCUCACGUGCAAAAGCAAACAACAAGCAAGACGGAAAUGACGCUGACUACUACGACUACAACGGCGACGGCGACGACAGAGGCGGCCGAGCUGCGACGUGUGGCUGCGGUGGCCUCGGCACUGAGGGGCGCAGGCGCAACUGUGAUGACUUGUGACACAACCCGCGACGGGCAUCACGCCACGCUCACGACUGCCAACGCGGCGUCCGGAAGCACCGGCAGCAACAAGACGAGCAAUGGCAAGAAGAAGGCGACGACUGCUGCGGACGCGGCGGCGACCAUUGCCGGACUGCCCGCUUGGGUGGGCGAGCUCCGUCGCGAGCUGGACGGCGAGUUUUACGAGCUCAAGGACGAGCUGCGCCACUUUCUGGACUCGACCCCGCUGUUCGACCUGCGCUUUGGCCUGUCGACGGCAGAGCAGCGCAAAAUCACACAGGAGCGCGCGCUCACCAUCAUCCAGAGCAAGGUCGUCCAGUCGCUCUUCGCAGAGCACAUUGCGCGCAAACCCGGCUCGCUCCAAAAGGGGUGGGCGUCCGGCGAAAUCAUGGGCAUGACCGAUCUCUCGGUCAACGUCAAGCUCGGCGUCAUGACGUGGCUCUUUGGCGGCGCCGUCAUGAGUCUGGGCUCGGACGAGCUCGUCGCCAAGUGGUUUGCACCGCUCGCGCGAGGCGAGUUCACCGGCAUGUUUGCCAUGACCGAAAUUGGCCACGGCUCGAACGUCCGCUCGAUCGAGACGCUCGCCACGUACGAUCCCAAGACCCAAGAGUUUGUCAUCACCACGCCCCAUCCGUACGCCCGCAAGGCAUACAUUGGAAACGCGCUGAAUGGCGAGUACGCGGUCGUCUUUGCCAACCUGGUGCCCGCCGACGGCAAAUCGCGCGGUCCCCACGCCUUCGUUGUCCCGAUGCGGAGCAAGGACAAGGUCAUGUACCCCGGCGUCUCGGUCUGGGACAUGGGCGAGAAGGAGGGCCUCAACGGUGUCGACAAUGGCGUCAUCUCCUUCUCGGGCGCGCGCAUCCCGCGCGACCACCUGCUCAACCGCUUUGCCGACGUUGACGCCAAGGGCAACUACACGACGACCAUUGCCAGCGACAGCAAGCGCUUCAACGCCAUGCUCGCCGCUCUGACCGGCACUCGUGUCGCCCUCGCCUCCAGUGCCAACUGCGUGAUGAAGGUUGGUCUGGCCAUUGCCAUCCGCUAUGCUGCGCGUCGUCGUCAAUUCGGCCCGUCUCCUCCCAAGCCCAAGCGUGGGAGCAAGCAGGCUGCACCAACCACCGCUCCUGCUUCUGGCGCCAGCUCCAAUCCGGCCGCGUUCGCCUUCAGCGAGCUCGAGGAAGGCAGCGUCAUUCCCAUCCCUGCUUCCGUUAUGACCUCGACCGAGCUGCCCAUCCUCGCCUAUCAGACCCACCAAACUCGCCUCAUGCCUCUGCUGGCCGCCUCCCUCGCCAUCGCCAACCUCGCCCGCCAUGCCGCCAAAACCCUCGAAAAGUGUGCCAUCGAGAUGCAAGAGUCCAAUCGCGAGGUUCAAGCGCUCUGUGCUGGUCUGAAGGCGUACUCGUCCUGGAAGUGCAUCGAGUCCCUGCAAACAGCCCGCGAGUGCUGCGGCGGCCAAGGCUACCUCGCCGAAAACCGCUUGGUCGGCAUGAGGGCCGAUACGGACAUUUACGUCACGUUCGAGGGCGACAACAUUGUCUUGCUCCAGCAAGUCGCAAAAGAGCUCAUUGCGCAGUACGCUGCCCAAUUCGAGACGGGCAUGUUCACCGGCAUUCUGUCCUUCUUCUCCAACCAAGUGGUGCUCUCCCUGAAGACCAGCCGCUUUGCAGCACGUAGCUACCCCGUCUCCGCGCCCGAGUUCCACGUGAAGGCACUCGCGUUCAAGGAGGCCAAGCUGCUGACCCUUCUUGCCAAGCGAUUGCUGCAGCGCGUCAAGCGCGAAAAGAAGGAUCCCUUCCUCGCCUGGAACGAGUGCUUGGAUCACAUUGUCAACCUCUCCACCACCCACAUUGAGCGUGUUUGCGUCGAGAAGUUCUACGCAUCCAUCGCCACCUCCAAGGCCAGCCCGCGCGUCAAGGAGAUUCUCUCGACCGCUGCCCAGCUCCACGCCGCCUCCAUUCUCUACCGCGACCGCGCCUGGUAUCUUGAGCAUAACUACAUGACCACCGCGCACAGCUGCGAACUGCGCGACAUUGUUCUCGAGCUCAGCGCCAACUUUUCGCGCGAUGCGCUCGCUGUCGUCGAGGCCUUUGGCAUUCCCGAUCGCUGCCUGCACGCUCCGAUCGCCGGUGUCGUCUCUGGCACCACCGCUGCCCGCAACUCGUGGAGCUACUUUUCGAAUGCGCUCAUGGAUCCUUCCUUUGCGCCCCGCGAUUAAGCACCCGAGGUGAGCAUUGUCAAAUUGCUCUUCUGAGUGUUUUUUUUUUUUUU